UUGUCUACGAUAAAAUGAUCACAUAAUACUUUAGAUAUCGUCUGUACAUUGUUUUGUCACCAACUUUCUGUAUCUGUGAAUUUAUCGUGUAUUUUUAUAGUUACGGAACUCACUUCAACAAAGAAAAUUAAAAUGUAUCGCGGUCUGUGGAUAGUGUUUUGUUACACAUGGGCAGUGACGUACGGAUUGCCAGCUGAACCAGAACCCAGCUCUGAACCAACGACACCUGCUCCGGACUCAGAGUUCUGCUCCCCCUUGAUAAUUGGCCACCGCGGUGCCAGCGGCUAUGUGCCAGAACACACCCUCGGUUCCUAUGCUCUCGCGGUCUUUUUGGGAGCCGACUACAUAGAGCCUGACCUCGUCAUGACCAGUGACAAGCAACUGAUCUCACGACAUGAAAACGAGCUGAGUUUAGGCACCGAUGUUUCCAAUCAUCCGGAGUUCGCUUCACGGCGGAGGACCCAAACUAUUGAUGGCAACGAAGUCACCGGCUGGUUCACUGAGGACUUUACCCUAGCCGAGUUAAAAACAUUACGUGCAGUUGAACGCAUCCCUGACAUUAGACCUGGAAACGCUCGCUUGGAUGGAGCAUUCCAAAUUGCUACUUUUCAAGAGAUCAUAGACUUGGCCAAAAGUUUACAAGUUAGUCAAAACAGGGUUAUAGGCCUCUACCCGGAAAUCAAACACAGCACACAUUUCCGUACCAUCGGGUUGCCGUUAGAACAGGCAGUAGUGGACAUCCUGCACAAAAAUGGUUAUCAAGGAGCCUCUGCACCAGUUUACAUUCAGUCUUUCGAAAUAAACAAUUUAAAAGAACUGAAAAAUAUGACACAGCUUCGUCUACUGCAGCUGUUUGACAGCAAGUCUAUGUCGCCUUAUGAUCAAGUUCAACAAGGGUCUAAUUUGACUUAUGGAGCAAUGGCUACUCCUGAAGGGCUUCGGGAAGUAGCAACCUAUGCGUAUGCUGUAGGACCUGACAAAAGCUACAUCAUUCCUCGCGAUGAAAACAACAACCUUGGUGAAGCGACAAGUUUUGUUGCGGAUGCCCACGCGGCAGGAUUGAAAGUGCACCCGUACACAUUCAGGGCGGAGAACAACUUCUUGCCGACAGAAUUCCAGAGCGUUGACCGAAACCCAACCAGUAUAGGAAACUUUACAGCCGAAAUACAAGCCUUUUUUGAUGCCGGAGUUGACGGCCUCUUUUCUGACCAACCUGACAUUCCGGCGCGAACUCGGUCCCCCUGUACCAAAUGAAUUGUCAAUCUAGUCAUUUCCUAGUCUUUAUCACAAUUUUAUCAUUAUAAAACAAAAACAUGAAAGUACACGAUAUAUUCUAAGUAGUGAGUAGGUUCGAUACAAUAUCCAACCAGAGCCAUCUAGGCACUGGAAAUGGAAUCAUUGUUCCGAACAAUAAAAUAAGGCUAUAUUUUAAUUAAUCCUAUUUCUUCUUAAAUGUACCUAUAGCAUCGAUUACCUACUUUAAUUAUAGUACACUUCGUCUUACUUAUUUCUUAAGCACAGAAUUUGAUUUUAAGUCAAUAAAUCAAAAAUCAAAAUCGAAA